GCCUUUGUUUCAUUUCCUCUCCCCAAAGCUCCUCUCAUCUCUUCAUCUCUGAAUAUCCACACAGCCAAAUACUGAUUAUGUUCUCGUAAGGAACUGAAAAUGUGUUUUAUCUUGAGAAGAAUAUUUAAUGACUUUCUGGUGGCCCACUUGGCUGAGUUUGAAGAGCACUACCCACUACAGUUAGUGCUCUACUGCUCCUUAACAAAAACUCAAAAUUCAGAUAAUGCAGCAUUGUAAGAGAACAAAUGAGACAGGAAUGACACUGACAUCAAGCCUGUGAAAGCAUGCUCAACAUGACAUCAGCUCGUGCCUCUAAAUCUUCCAUCACAAACACGUGAGUCAUCGGGUGCAUUACCUGCCACGGCUAACGAGAUUCCCCUCAUUAAGUCCUUUAAGUGGUAAUCUGUAUGGGAGAGUUCGGGGGAGUUGAAGAGUGGAGCGAGUCAGGAGGAGUGCGGCAGAAGAAGCAGAACCUGCACCAGGAAACAGUAAUUUACUCCUGCGAGGGUCAAGGAGCAGGAGCAACAUUUUGUGGAGAGACUUCUGUUGUUUCUUCUUGUCGUCUCUGAUUUGUUCUGAAGCUCAGGGGGAUUGUCUGGUCGCGGCAGAGGCCAUCUGGCUGGAGCUUUAUCAGGAUUUUAUGCUGUGAGCCCUUGGCCAACUGUGACCACCUGCAUGGGUCUCACCAAGAGUUAUUGCUGCAACAGGACGUGAGUGUGCGUGUGUCCUGAGUUCGUUCUGUCAGACCAGCACAACAUGAGUGAAGGAGAAAAUCUUUACAUAGUCACCCACCGUCUGUCGAAGAAAUAGUGGUGUGGUCGUUCCUUCCCGUCCUGAGAGCUGCGGUGCAUCAUGGACACUGUGGCGAGAGUUAAAAAGUCGCUGAGGACGCCCAUCAGGAAGCUGACCAAGUGUGUGUCGAGGGUGAAGGAGAGGAAGUUGUAUCCCAGAUGCAGGAUCAGGAGGAGGAGGAGCAGAGGCGGGGCAGGAAAAGGGGGAUGCAACAGGUCAGGGAGGACCCCUCAGACCCCUCCCCGAACAUCACACCCCAAAGACCCGCCAAUCAUCUUCUCGUACCAGGCAGACCUGGAGAAGGAGAGAAAGCUGCGGGAGGCGAUGAACGCUCAGAAGAAUGCGGAGAGGGCGGCUAUGAGAGCUCACUUCAGGAAAAAAUAUCAGCUUUCUGAGAGUCCCAAGGACACAAACCACCUGAGGUCUGUAGGAGGGAGAGUGUCGCUCCCCCACGAGCUGUCGAAGAUCAUUCAUCCUGAAACCAAAACCAAGGACGGUGGCUUCAACCUGCUGAGCGCCUUCCAAGGCCUCAGCUUCGGCACAACGACGCUCCCAGGGAGGAAUCACAGCAAGACGUCCGCUCCUCCUACACCAGCAACUUACCGACGGACACAUCUCGUUUGGACCAUGAGGAGCAUGAACAUUCAUGUGACUGUGGGUGUCAGAGCACGGGGCCCCUGUGGCUCCAGGAAUAUGCUCGGUGGUGUUGCACCACAAAGAGGUCUUUGUGUGACGGCAGCAGGGACGGUGGCACAUGGAAAGCUGGAGGGGGGAAAAGGAGCUGAGAGUACAGGUGUUGGAAAGAAGGGUAUAGAUGGAGGAGUGCGGCGCUUUGAGGAGAUACCUCACACAGGGAGGAGCGGCUGGGUCAACUUGGUGAAGUUCUGGAGAGAAGAUCGCUUCCGGCAGCUCCACAAGCACAUGGAGAGGACCUUUAAUGCCCUCGGCCCCAUCUACAGGGAGCACUUGGGCACCCACAGCAGUGUGAACAUCAUGUUGCCGUCUGACAUCGCUGAGCUGUUUCGCUCAGAGGGCCUGCACCCCAGACGGAUGACCCUGCAGCCCUGGGCAACACACCGAGAGACACGGCAGCACAGCAAGGGAGUGUUCCUCAAGAACGGUGAGGAGUGGCGAGCUGACCGUCUACUGCUCAACAAAGAGGUGAUGAUGAGUGCGGCUGUGAGGCGCUUUCUCCCCCUGCUUGAUGAGGUCGCGAUGGAUUUCUGUCGAAUGCUGCGGAGGAAGGUGGAGAGGGAGGGGAGAGGCGAGGAGGGGAAACGCAGUCUGACCAUGGAUCCCAGUCCUGACCUCUUCCGCUUCGCACUGGAAGCCAGCUGCCAUGUGAUCUACGGGGAGCGUAUUGGCCUUUUCUCCUCAUCUCCCUCCCUGGAGUCCCAGAAGUUCAUCUGGGCAGUGGAGCGAAUGCUGGCAACAACCCCUCCUCUCCUCUACUUGCCCCCUCGCCUGCUGCUCCACAUCGGCGCUCCCCUGUGGACCCAGCACGCCAGUGCAUGGGAUCACAUCUUCACCCACGCGGAGGCGAGGAUCCAGAGGGGGUACCAGCGGCUGUUCCAGACUCGAGGGUCAGAGGCUGGAGCAGCUGGAGGCCAGUACACCGGGGUUCUGGGUCAACUCAUGGAGAAAGGGCAGCUAUCUUUGGACCUCAUCAAAGCCAACGUCACUGAGCUGAUGGCUGGAGGGGUUGACACGACAGCGGUGCCCCUGCAGUUUGCUCUGUUUGAGCUGGGCCGGAACCCGGAGGUGCAGGAGAGGGUGAGGCAGCAGGUGAGGGCGUCAUGGGCUCAGGCUGGUGGUGAUCUUCAGAAAGCCCUGCAGGGGGCGCCACUACUGAAAGGCACAAUCAAGGAGACUCUCAGGUUAUAUCCGGUGGGGACCACGGUGCAGCGGUAUCCGAUCAAAGAUAUUGUUCUCCAGAAUUACCACAUACCUGCCGGGACGAUGGUCCAGGCCUGUCUGUAUCCCCUGGGACGGAGUGCAGAUGUGUUUGAGGAUCCACUGCGCUUUGACCCUGGCCGGUGGGGCAGCAGCAGAGAGGAAGGCCAAAAAGGAGAGGGGGCAGGGGCGUUUCGCUCCCUGGCGUUUGGGUUUGGGGCGAGGCAAUGUGUCGGGAGGAGGAUCGCUGAGAACGAGAUGCAGCUCUUACUCAUGCAUAUCCUGCUGAGCUUCCAUCUCAGUGUGUCGUCCUCAGAGGACAUCAAAACCACAUGCACCCUCAUCCUCCAGCCUGAGACUCCGCCAAGGAUCACUUUCAGCCAACUCUGACACACGCACGCACGCACACACACACACACACACACACACACACUGAGGAGACUCAUGCCAUCAACAUUUGACAUGCACACAAUGCAGCCUGUUUUAAUCUCCCAACAUGCCACCCAUAUUUCUGAUGAUCCUCGCGGAGGCUUAUACUGAGCUGUUUUUGUAUCCUCCUACACUUUGCAUUCAGCCCAAAUAUUCAUAGUGCUGAUGAAUAAAGUA